UAUAAAAAAUGCCUCUGACGGGAUAAUAAAGCAAGAAGCAAAUGCUGAAACUACUUUUACAUCGUUUAUUGAAAAAGGAUUGUGUAGAAAUGAAGUGAAAUUAGUAUUUGACGAUGAACGUGAGCUGUUUGUUUCAGAAAACUUCCUGUCGCUUUCUUCGCCGGUUUUCAAAGCAAUGUUUUUGAAUGAUUUCAUUGAGAGAAACGAAAUGACAGUUAGGCUACCUGGAAAAAGCUAUGAUGACUUUCUCGAGUUCUUGAUGUGUAUCCAUCCAGCGGUGCUAAAGCCAAUUGAUGAAUCGAAUGCAGUUCGUAUGGUUCCGAUUGCUGACAAAUACCAAGUACCAUCAAUAGCUGCAAAAUUCCAAAGGUUAAUGAAGAAGGUUAUGAACAAGGAUCUUGAAGAGGCAAAAAAGCGUCAUUCUAAGUUCGAUAAUCAUGUUGUGCCUGUUCGUAAAUGUCUCAUUUUCUUUAAUACUGCAGUGACAUUUGGAUAUAAAAGUCUUAUUGAGCACUGUUCUACAAUCCUUGCGAGCUUCCCGUCUGCAGUAUACACUGAUGUGGACAAAAGUUGCAGCUACUUGAAGUACUACAACUAUCCAAGUGUUGAAGUAAAUGGAGAAAGCGUUAAGGUGGAAGACGUACGCUCUGAAUGCAUGGCCUUGUUUAAAAAACUACCACCUGAUGUUAGCCUCAUGGUAACUUCCAAACGAUUAACAAAGUGCGAUACUCAAAACCUCUUAUAGAGACAAACUGGCUUGGAUGAUCCAAACUAUAAACGUAACAUCUUUUGUGGUUGUCUGAGUUCUGAUAUUAUUUUCCCGGAUGUAUUUCUGACUUUACAUAAUUAUAGUUUUAGUACACGUGAUAUACGUGAUUCAAAACAAAUGAAAAUCAUGUUGGAGAUACUUGAUUUAGAUAGACGGCGUUUUAGCACAAGAACAAAUACUGGUGACUGAUAAUUUAGUUUUGCAGACGUUAAUGGUUCUACGAAUGUUUUCUGUUUGUCAGUUUUUGAUCAUUUCACAAAUUCUAUGUUUUUUGUUGGGCAUAACAUAAAAUCGACACACACACCUUCUGUUAGCCUGAAUGAGUUCCUUACAUGAAAGUAAUAUACACACCAAGCGGGAUUUCGAACCAUCAACGGCAAGGUGAAAGUAAUACGAAAUAAGCGACUUUAAAGACGCACCACAGAAUAACUUUACAUGAUCUACAUGAAAGUAAUGAGAAAUAAAAGCGUCUAGUUACAAAUUGACGGUGACAAGUCAAAGACAAUGUGUUUAAUGUCUAAAUGUAUUAUCAAAUAAAUGUAGGAGUAUGCACAGUACGUUAUGUAUUAAGUUUAGUUUUGACCACACUUCUUUUCUAUAGUGUAAGAAAGUUGUUUAUCUAUGUUUUUAAAACUAUACUGAAAAGAGAUUGACUGAA